AUGUUACGUCAUUUUGGUAAAACAUUAUUUUGUCUUGUUUGUUUUUUUAAACAUGAUUAUAUUUAUCUAGGUCCUCUUGUUUUAAAUCAUAUUGAUUUACCAGCGUUUAUUCAAGUAUUUCUUGUUAGUGCAGUUGGCUGUUCACCUGGUCAUAUAUUUUAUCAACGAUUUUAUGAUCGAAGAUCUAGUUUACCAGCUGUUGAAGCUUCCGGUGUUACAAUGGGCAUGACAGUACUUUAUUCAUGUCUUCGUCCAUUUGAUACUGUUCUUCUAUUUUUUUUUUCAAGUUCUUGUUCUCUUCUUCGUACGGCUGAUAGUCUAACAACUAUUGUACCAGAAAUAGCUCAACUUGCUAUGCGUUAUUAUCGUGCUUCAUCAUUUCCAACUGAACAUCAUCGACAAAAGCGAUUUUUAUUCAAUGAAAAUAUACCAAAAAAUGGUAGUGCUAGUAGUAGUAGUAGUAGUGCUAAAGGUCGUGUAAUUGAACAAAUGAUUGCUAAUGCAGUAUAA